CCAGGCGCCGCGGCGCAGCGCAUGAGCCCUGCUCGGCUCCGGCGCGUCUAUUAUGCUGCCGGGGCCGGCGAGCCAAAGAGGAGCCGGCCGCGCGGGCCGGGAGGGACGGCCGUCGGAGCCGCCGAGGCCAAGUGCUGCCUGGUUGGGCCCAGAAAUGGGAUGUCAGGCCUCCAAAAGGAGCAUAGUGGAAGCGAGGGCCUCCCUGAGCCGCUGCUGUGACGGCCAGUGAGCGAGCCGCGGAGGAUGUCCACCACGACGACGGUCGCGCCCGCGGGGAUCCCGGCGGCCCCGGGCCCGGUGAACCCGCCCCCGCCGGAGGUCUCCAACCCUGCCAAGCCUGGCCGCAAGACCAACCAGCUGCAGUACAUGCAGAACGUGGUGGUAAAGACGCUCUGGAAACACCAGUUCGCCUGGCCCUUCUACCAGCCCGUGGAUGCAAUCAAGCUGAACCUGCCCGAUUACCAUAAAAUCAUAAAAAACCCAAUGGAUAUGGGGACUAUUAAGAAGAGACUAGAAAAUAAUUAUUACUGGAGCGCGAGCGAAUGUAUGCAGGACUUCAACACCAUGUUUACAAAUUGUUACAUUUAUAACAAGCCCACAGAUGACAUAGUGCUAAUGGCCCAAGCCUUAGAGAAAAUUUUUCUGCAGAAAGUGGCCCAGAUGCCCCAGGAGGAAGUUGAAUUAUUACCCCCUGCUCCGAAGGGCAAAGGCCGGAAACCGGCUGCAGGAACCCAGAGUGCAGGUACGCAGCAAGUGGUGGCCGUGUCCUCUGUCUCCCCAGCAACCCCCUUCCAGAGCGUCCCCCCCACUGUCUCCCAGACGCCUGUCAUUGCUGCCACCCCUGUGCCAACCAUUACUGCAAACAUCACAUCGGUCCCUGUUCCCCCGGCCGCCGCCCCACCUCCUCCCUCGACGCCCAUCAUCCCUGUGGUCCCUCCCACACCGCCUGUCGUCAAGAAAAAGGGUGUAAAGCGGAAAGCAGACACCACGACGCCCACGACAUCUGCUAUCACCGCGAGCCGGAGCGAGUCGCCCCCGCCACUGUCAGACCCCAAGCAGGCCAAGGUGGUGGCACGGCGAGAGAGUGGGGGCCGCCCCAUCAAACCGCCCAAGAAGGAUCUAGAGGACGGCGAGGUGCCCCAGCAUGCGGGCAAGAAGGGCAAGCUAUCGGAGCACUUGCGGCACUGUGACAGCAUCCUCAAGGAAAUGCUGUCCAAGAAGCAUGCGGCCUACGCCUGGCCCUUCUACAAGCCGGUGGACGCUGAGGCCCUGGAGCUGCAUGACUACCACGACAUCAUCAAGCACCCGAUGGACCUCAGCACCGUCAAGAAGAAGAUGGACAGUCGCGAGUACCCAGACGCGCAGGGCUUCGCUGCUGACAUCCGGUUAAUGUUCUCCAAUUGUUACAAAUACAACCCCCCAGACCACGAGGUGGUGGCCAUGGCCAGGAAGCUCCAGGACGUGUUUGAGAUGCGGUUUGCCAAGAUGCCGGAUGAGCCGGUGGAGGCGCCGGCACUGCCUGCCCCCGCAGCCCCUGUGCUGAGCAAGGGUGCGGAGAGCAGCCGCAGCAGCGAGGAGAGCUCCUCGGAUUCAGGCAGCUCGGACUCGGAGGAGGAGCGGGCCACCAGGCUUGCGGAGCUGCAGGAGCAGCUGAAGGCUGUGCACGAGCAGCUAGCCGCCCUGUCGCAGGCCCCAGUGAACAAGCCAAAGAGGAAGAAGGAGAAGAAGGAAAAGGAGAAGAAGAAGAAGGACAAGGACAAAGACAAGGACAAGGAGAGGCACAAGGCAAAGUCUGAGGACGAGAAGAAGGCCAAGGUGGCCCCACCUGCCAAGCAGGCCCAACCGAAGAAGGCUCCCGCCAAGAAGGCCAGCAGCACAGCCACAGCCAGCAGGCAGCCGAAGAAGGGUGGCAAGCAGGCAUCAGCCUCCUACGACUCGGAAGAGGAGGAAGAAGGCCUGCCCAUGAGCUAUGACGAGAAGCGCCAGCUCAGCCUAGACAUCAACCGGCUGCCCGGGGAGAAACUGGGCCGGGUGGUACACAUCAUCCAGUCCCGGGAGCCCUCGCUCAGGGACUCCAACCCCGAUGAGAUAGAGAUUGACUUUGAGACUCUGAAACCAACCACUUUGCGGGAGCUAGAGAGAUACGUCAAGUCUUGUUUACAGAAAAAGCAAAGGAAGCCAUUCUCCACAAGUGGGAAGAAGCAGGCGGCCAAGUCGAAGGAGGAGUUAGCUCAGGAAAAGAAGAAGGAGUUAGAGAAGCGGCUACAGGACGUCAGUGGACAGCUGAACAACAACAAGAAGCCUGCCAAGAAAGAGAAAGCGGGCUCUGCGCCCUCGGGAGGGCCAUCCCGGCUCAGCAGCAGCAGCUCCUCCGGGUCCGGGAGCAGCAGUUCCAGCGGAUCCAGCUCCGACAGCAGCGACUCAGAAUGAGCUCUGGACUCGCAGAUCAGAACAAAACCAGCGAUGUCGCACACGCCGAAACUCUGCAGUGUUCCUUUCUCUGGUUAAUAUACUACUUUGGUUCCACGGCGUGCAGGUUUUCUUUUAAACUCAGUGUUACGGUAUCUUCCAGUUUUUGCUUUAAUAGGUCAAAGAUCUUUCUCGUGUGUACGUGAGGCUUUAUGAGAAGGUGUGAACCUGCAUAAAGCCUUCCCUUCGUAACUGAGUUGAGUUGCUUGGAGACGGCAACUUCAAACGCUGACCUGAUGACCGUAGAAAAAAAUGUCAGAUGUGAUCUGAAGUUUCUUGCAAAACCCCUUUCUUAUGCCCAACCUGGUCUGUAGCUCCAGAAAGCAUUGUUUGAAAGGAAGUUUCUCUGAGAUGGUACUGCACCGAAGGCUGUCAGCUUUGCAAACAGGCGAUGUCUCUGUCCCCCCAGCUCAGCCCCGCGGCUGGGGUCACCUCUUGCUGCAGGGUUGGGGGACUGUGGAGGUGCUGCGGGCUCCAGUCCGGGCUUCUGCAGGGGUGGGGAGAGGCAGGUGGGCACCGAGGGAGGGGCGUCGGGAGCUCCUGGGAGGGAACACGGGGGCCGCGUGUGCCACGCGCAGCUUUCCAUACACUGAAACUUUUACCUCAACUUAAAAAAAAAAAAAGAAAAGAUUAAAAAAAAAAAAAAACUAAAGGAGACUUUUUUGUAAGGUUCAGCAAUUUUCUACGAAAGUCCAGCCCCAUGUGUGUCCCCAACUCGUGAGCUGCCGCUGCUGCACACUCUGGAGCCCUUCUCCCAGUCUCGUGUAUAUAUGAACACUUUAUUUAUUAACAUCAUUGGUGGUUUUUAAAAAAAAAAAAAAAAAAAAGAAAUGCAGGCCUUUUCAGUGGUUCGAGGAGAGCCCCAGACCCUGCUCCGAUGGCGGACCCGUGGCCUCCAGGUGCUGGCGUCCCGCCACCUGUCCGGUGCUGUCUCGUCUGCGCGCUCGCCCUCCCCGGGCCCUGCCCCACAGGGCUCUGUGUGUCCUCCGUGCCCGUGUGCGGGAUUGGGAGACGUGCGGGCGUAGACAACUUCCAGCUGCAGCGCAUUCUCGGUCUUCACAUUUUGUGUGUUGAGUUCUUUUGUACUCACUUCUGGUCUCUUUAGGACUGUUUUAAAAGAAAUCAAUUUAGGGAACCCCAGUUAUAUAAUAUAAACUUUGUAAUCUGAGAGAAAAAAAUGUAUAGUAAAUCUAAGUCUUGAUUUUUAACUUUCUAUUGUAAAAAAUAAUAAUAAUAAUAUACAGAGUUUAACAGAAGGUUAUGUUUUGGUUUUAUUUUUUCCAGAGGCUGCCCUGUGGCCUUUGAGCGCAGGGACACCCCGCACUGCCUGCCUGAGCUUGGAGCACUGUGGCUUCGGCCGAGAGUGCCAGGGGCCAGCCGUCCAGGCCCCCCAAAGGGACGCCCCUAACCUCCCAACCCCUGGUGCAGGGCUCCUGCGGCCCUGUGCAGCCUUCCAGUGCAGCCUUCCCGCCAGCCAACAGUGGCCUGGCCAGACUCUCCCGGGGGUGGAAGAGCCUCUGGCCACGGGAGGGUUUGCUCCCUAAAGACCACACUGGGCUCCCUGCUUGAGCGUUUUCCCAUUAGCACAGAAAUAACAGACAGGGCACUGUCCCAGACCUCCCCGUGAGGACUUCCUGGAAGUGGGUGCUGGGGGCGGAGCUGUGGGUGGCCUGACCUGUGGUCCGGUGGUGAGUUUCCAGGUGGUUGGAGUGGGUGGGGGGUUCAGGUCAUCAAUAUCCUAGUAGGGGGGCAGUCUAUAAAAAUCCUAAAGUGGAUUCAGGUUCCACCGGCCCUUAGGAUCACAGAUGCCCUUGCCGGGCAUGGAACCGAUGAGGCAGCGGGUGGCGGGUUACCAUGUUUCUUACUGCUGGUGAUUCUGACGCUUGGUGAGUUUUGAGCCAGUUUGUUAAACUUUUCAUUAAGUUUUGUUUAUAAUAAAAAUAUAUGUGGAUUUUCAACUUGACAUUUUUUAGAGUUACCCUUGUGUUUCAAAGGUGUUUUCUAAGCAGAUCCGUAAUGGAAUAUUUAAACUAGGACUUUAAGGAAUUAAUACAUGACACGACGGAUGGUCUUACAGCAGGAUCUCUCUGGCAA